AUGCGCCACCUCCGUGCACUUCUUCUGGCGACAAACAGCCUGCUGCGCUUGGUAUAUGUGCCAACAGAGCACAACCCUGCGGAUGCACCGUCGCACCCCUUUUUGACAGCGGCGCUCGAACGCCAGUCGCCUGGUGGUUGGGUCUACAUGGCAGUGUCGAAGGAACUUUUGAUGCAGUGCAGCUGGGGCUGGUCAGUUUUUGGCAGAUCCCAGGAUUUCAUUGCAGCAGCUCGAAGUUUAGAGGAGAUUCUGCCUCGCAUCAAUGGUUUCUCCAGCGAACCUGCGCCGGAUCACCUGCUCUUGAACAGCGAAGUCUCGGUGCAUCAACUGCAAAGUGGUCGUGACUCAGUCUCCUGGAUCGCGGCGAUGUAG